AUGGAGAUAUAUCAACAUGACAACAUCGAAGAGUUGUGGCGGAGAGCACUGAAAGCUAUAGAAACGUGUCAAUGCGCGCAAGGGUGUCCUUCUUGUAUCCAAGCAGGCCGCGGUCGCGAGGCAGGGUUCAAAAAAAGCGACGCGAAGACGGUUCUCGAUGGCUUGCUCGGCACGUGGCUGCAUUACUGA